AUGGAAGCUGUCUCCAACAACGAUCCAUGGUUCACUACCAACAUUGAUGCAACUGGUAGAAAAGGUCUAAGUGCUUUACAAAAGUGUACUGCAGCUCUUCGUAUGCUAGCAUACGGGGUGGCUGCUGAUCAAGUUGAUGAGCACCUCCGAAUUAGCGAAAGCACAGCACGAAAAGCACUCACUCAUAUCACAAAGGGAAUAAUCAACCAAUUUGGGCAACAUUAUUUGAGAAAACCAACAACACAAGAUUUGACGAGAUUAUUAGCCUUUAGUGAAGAACGAGGAUUCCCUAGCAUGAUUGGUAGUGUUGAUUGCAUGCAUUGGGAGUGGAAGAAUUGCCCAGCAGCACGGAAAGGGCAAUAUCAAGGCCGAGCUGGUGUUGCAACAUUAAUUCUUGAAGCUGUCGCCGAUCAUGACCUAUGGAUAUGGCAUGCCUUUUUUGGGAUGCCAGGUUCAUAUAAUGAUCUCAACGUGUUAUAUCGAUCACCUCUUUUAGUUGAUUUGUUUGAAGGAAGGGCACCACCUGUCAAUUUCACGGUGAAUGGAAAUCAAUACGGCAUGGCUUACUAUCUCACUGAUGGCAUUUAUCCUAAAUGGGCUACUUUUAUUCAGUCUAUUACUGAACCGCAAACAGCAAAAGCAAGGUUAUUUGCCCAACAUCAAGAAGCAGCAAGAAAGGAUGUGGAGCGAGCAUUUGGAGUGUUGCAAGCUCGAUUUGCAAUAAUUAGAAAGCCCUCACUUGCUUGGGAUGAAGAACGACUCUCUGAUAUAAUUACGUCUUGUAUAAUUAUGCAUAAUAUGAUAGUGGAAGAUGAAAGAGAUACAUAUACACACUAUGCUGAUGGUAGAGAGUUCAUGGGAGAUCGCCCAAAAGGUCAAUCAGAAGGUACAAGUGGAUUAAAUGAUGACUUUGAGUAUUACACAGAUAGAAUUGUUGAUAUCAAUCGAUACUUGGCAAAUAAGGAUGAUGUUGAAGAUCGACAAACACAUUUAUCCUUAAAAGAUGACUUGGUUGAAAAUAUCUGGCAAAAGUUUGGAGAGAACCGCAAUUAA